AUAUCAAAAGUAGAUUCACUCGAUUUCGAGGAUUUCCAAGAAUAAUAUCAUAUACGUGCUUUUUCUUUUUCCUUGCUAUAAAUAAGUGACAUAGGAGUGUAGCAUUGUAUCUUAAUCUUAACAAGAUUAAUAAUAAUAAAAAAAAAACUAUGAUGAAGGUAAUUGAGCACGAGCAUCCACUGAUGCUCAUUGACUUGCAGGUGAAAGUUGAAGAUGUAGACGACGAAUCUGAUGAUGAAGAGGAGAAGGAAGAGGAUCUGGUUCCACAGGUUGAGUUUUCGUGUACUUGUAAGCGGUGUGAAGAAGAUAUCAACGAGUAUUACAGAGUAUGUGAAGGUGAUUUUGACUACGAUGGGGAUCUUUGGAUAUACAAAUGUGAGAAAUGUAUAUACUAUGUCCAUCUAGAUUGUGCAACAUCAAGAAGAGAGGCAUUCAUGUCCAUCUUGUCUAUCGAUGGAGGUCAAACCAUUAAAAACUAUAAAGAUGCUGACUAUCCUAAUCUUCUCCAUUUACCAUUUCCUGAUCAAAGUUACAGCAUACCCAAACAUUUAUUUUCAAAAGAACUUGGACUUGCCGAUUAUGGUAAUCAUGAGGUAAGCCUACGACAUACGAAUCAUCAACAUGAGUUAAUUUUAGUUGACGCAGGAAGCAUUGGGUCAACCUCCUCAAAGAUCAAUGAUAUGAUCAUGUGUCACAACCCAAUGAAAAAGAUAGAAUUAUUAUGCAGCGGAUGUGUGAGACCAAUCAUGGAGAUGCCGUUCUACAAGUGUCGGGCCAAAGAAGAUGAGAACUGCAACUUUGCUCUUCAUGAAUGGUGUACUCGGCUGCCAACAAAAGUAGACAACCACCCAGGUCACCCACAACAUCCCCUCCUUCUAAUGCCAAACAUCCCCAAUAUGUUUAACAUAUUUCAUUGUGGAGUUUGCCUCUUAGAUUGCAAUGGCUUUGCUUAUGGUUGUGUCGAAUGUCGAUUUUACGUUGAUGUUACCUGUGGGUUUAUGCCGGAAAGAAUUACACAUGAAUCUCACCCAAAUCAUCUUCUUUCAAUAGUUGAGGAUCAGCCCAGUGGAUAUUGUCUUAUGUGUUGCAGCUUUUCCAAUCAGAGCUUCAGUUUCAGUUGCAGCUAUUGUGAUGUGUAUAUUCAUCUGCGGUGUGCUUUGUUCUUGCCAAAGACAAUUAGGCACCCUAAUGACAAACAUCCAAUGCACAUCAGUUACCUCCCAAUUGAAAACCACAAGGGUGAAUACUUUUGUGAAAUUUGUGAGGAAGAAUUGAAUCCUCAUAAAUGUUUCUAUCAUUGUGAUGUGUGUAGCCAAUCAGUGCAUUCUGACUGUGCUCCUUUAAUACUUCAGUGUGAAACAGAAACCUAUUCCGAAGAUGGAGGAAGAGGUGUCUGUUUGUUUUUAAAUAUGAAGUUCGGGAGCAUUCAUAAGAAGACUGAUGGUCACCCACAUCCUCUAACAUUUGCCCAAGGGAUUGAGAGUGAUGGUGGAUGUAGCGUGUGUGCUGGGAGAUUGCGGUUCGAGAUGAUACUUAGGUGUUCCGAGUGUGAGUUUGCAGUUCAUCACGAUUGUUUGGGAAACUUGAACAACUCAUGAAGGUGUGUGUGUAUGUUUCAUCUUCCAUGUGCUUUGAAGGCAGACAGACAACCUAUCUACUUAAUUCCCACUAUCAAAAUCAAAGUUAAUAAUAUCUUGUAUAAUAAGUAUUGUCGAUACUUUUUCUUGUAUAUCUUUUGUGUGUGCAAUGAAAAAAUACAUGGCAUUUGUGUGUUCAUUGUU